GCAUAAGCUUGACCAUCCAAAUGUCACAAAAUUUGUUGGUGCUUCAAUGGGGACUUCGAAUCUUAAGAUUCCUUCUAAAAACCCUUCCACUGAUGGUUAUAUUAACCUACCAUCAAGGGCAUGUUGUGUGCUUGUGGAAUACCUCUCAGGCGGGACACUGAAAAACCUCUUAUACAAAAAUAGGAAAAAAAAACUUCCCUUUAGGAUUGUGAUUCAACUUGCUUUGGAUCUCUCUAGAGGGUGAGUUUCUAUUUGAAGUAUAUCUAGCUGCAGUUUCCUUUAAUGUAACGGUUGUGUUAAUUUUCCAGAUUGAGCUAUCUACAUUCGAAAAAGAUUGUGCAUCGUGAUGUCAAAGCCGAAAAUAUGUUGCUAGAUGCUCAUAGAACUCUAAAAAUUGCUGAUUUUGGUGUUGCUCGUGUUGAAGCCCAGAAUCCUCAGGACAUGACUGGUGAAACUGGAACCCUAGGGUACAUGGCCCCAGAGGUUCUUGAUGGCAAACCAUAUAACAGAAAAUGUGAUGUCUACAGCUUUGGUAUAUGCUUGUGGGAAACCUAUUGCUGUGAUCUGCCUUACCCAGAUCUUAGCUUUGCUGAAGUUUCAUCAGCAGUUGUUCGGCAGAAUUUGAGGCCAGAAAUCCCCAGAUGUUGCCCAAACGCCUUAGCAAACGUUAUGAAAAAAUGCUGGGAUGCAAAUCCAGAAAAACGUCCGGACAUGGAUGAGGUUGUGAGGUUGUUGGAAUCAAUUGAUACAAGCAAAGGAGGAGGAAUGAUACCGGAAGACAAGGCUGGUGGCUGUUUUUGCUUUGCUUCGGCUCGGGGUCCGUAACUCAUUUAUAUCUGCCAAUAACUUUGUUUUGUGAAGCCAUCCAUUGAAAUUGUUGGAGAUUUUCUUAUGAAUGCUAUAAACAUGGUUUUGCAUAGUUCAUAAUAAUCGAUUGAAGUUCUUCAUCUUAUGUUUGAUCAUUUGCAAAAUCAUAAUCUAGUUAAACACUAGGUGCAUCAUGUUGGAUACACCAAUCUUGUAGGAUCCUGUGUUAGUUGUGAAAACACUAGAAAUCAAAAUAUUGAUCCCUCCUUGUUGAUCUUCAGUAGUAUUGUUAAUU